UAAACAUUGUAGACGUUCGGUUUUUGACAUGUUGAUUCUUUGUGUCUCUUCUGUCUUUUAUGGAAGAGAGAUAUCCCUGAUUUGGCUGCUAUUUCUAGCUAUGGAAAAGAGAUGUCCAUGAUUUGUACGAGAUUUGGCUGCUGUCUCUAGCUGCAAAAGAGAGAUGUCUAUGAUUUAUGCAAGAUUUGGCUGCUAUUGCAAGCUAUAGAAGAGCGAUGCCCAUGAUUUGUGCGAGAUUUGGUUGCUAUUUUUGGAUAUGGAUGAGAGAUGUUUAUUAUUUAUACGAGCUUUGGCCGCUAUUUCUAGCUCUGAAUGAGAGAUGUCCAUCAUUUAUGCGAGAUAUGGCUGCUAUUGCUGAUUAUAGAAGAGAGAUGUGUAUUAUUUGCACGAGAUUUGGCUACUAUUUCUAGCUAUGGAAGAGAUGUCUUUGAUUUGUGUGAGAUUUGGCUGCUAUUUCUAGCUAUGGAAGAGAGAUAUAUAUUAUUCGCACGAGAUUUGGCUGCUAUUUCUAGCUAUGGAAGAGAGAUAUAUAUUAUUCGCACGAGAUUUGGCUGCUAUUUCUAGCUAUGGAUGAGUGAUGUAUAUUAUUCGCACGAGAUUUGGCUGCUAUUUCUAGCUAUGGAAGAGAGAUGUCUAUGAUUUGUGCGAGAUUUGACUUAUUUCCAUUGUUGCACAAACUACCAAGGCAGUUGGUGAGUAUGUCACGAGUGGAAGAGAGAAGAAAGAGCCAGGCAGUCUGGUUUAUUAUCACAACUUAAUAUCAGAUGACAUUGGCAGAACAGAAGAUAUGUUCUCAACAUUUAUCAUCUUUUAAAAACUGAAGGAAAUUUUAUACAGAGCAGAUAUAUAAAACUGGUAGAUACCCUAAGAAAUAUUUGCUCAAAAAAAUGCUGAGAUUAUUAGCAAAAUUUCUGAUCAUCACUGAUAGGAAUGUCUACAAGAUGAGUUUAUGUGCUGAGUAAUCUUGGAUAAAUUUACAUAGGUGUUGCUAUAGGUGACAUUGGGUAGAAAUACGGGAGUGGAAGUAUUUGUAGAAAUAAAAGAUAACAAAAGCAAGAAGAAUAUAUAUACAUUGUGAUUUGAGAAGAAAAAUAAUAGAGACGCCUAAAGAAAUGAUUUCCCAUGAAGGCAUGAUGAAAGAUAUGAGAAAGAUGUCAUAUGACUGUGAUGUCUGUAGGAAGUCUUUCUCUCAAAAAUGUAACCUAACUACGCACAAAUAUAUUCAUACAGGAGAGAAACCAUAUCAAUGUGAUAUCUGUGGUAAAUCAUUUUCUCAGUGUAGUACUUUGACUUCACACAAGCGUACUCAUACAGGAGAGAAGCCAUAUCACUGUGAUAUCUGUGGUAAAUCAUUCACUCAAAGUGGUAAAUUGAUUGCACACAAACGUUUUCAUUCAGGAGAGAAGCCAUAUCAUUGUGAUAUUUGUGGUAAAUCAUUCUCGCAAGGUAAUACCUUGACUUCUCACAAACGUACUCAUACAGGAGAGAAGCCAUAUGACUGUGAUAUCUGUGGUAAAUCAUUCUCGCAGAGUAAUACCUUGACUUCACACAAACGUACUCAUACAGGAGAAAAGCCAUAUCAUUGUGAUAUCUGUGGUAAAUCAUUCAUUCAAAGUGGUAGAUUAAUUGCACACAAACGUACUCAUACAGGAGAGAAGCCAUAUCAUUGUGAUAUCUGUGGUAAAUCAUUCAUUCAAAAUGGUAAAUUAACUGCACACAUACGUAUUCAUACAGGAGAAAAGCCAUAUCAUUGUGAUAUCUGUGGCAAAUCAUUUUCUAGCAGUAGUGAGGUAUCUGCACACAAACGUCUUCAUUCAGGAGAGAAACCAUAUCACUGUGAUAUUUGUAGUAAACCAUUCCCUCGAAAAAGUGCUUUAUCUGCACAUGUACGUAUUCAUACAGGAGAAAAGCCAUAUCAUUGUGAUAUCUGUGGUAAAUCAUUCUCUCAAAAUAGUGACUUAACAAAACACAAACGUCUUCAUUCAGGAGAGAAGCCAUAUCACUGUGAUGUCUGUGGUAAAUCAUUCUCUGAUAGUAGUCAUUUAACUGCACAUGUACGUAUUCAUACAGGAGAGAGACCAUAUCACUGUGAUAUCUGUGGUAAAUCAUUCACACAAAAUAAUGACUUAACUAAACACAGACGUCUUCAUUCAGGAGAAAGACCAUAUCAGUGUGAUAUUUGUGGUAAAUCAUUCUCUCAAAGUUAUAGUGUAACUUCACACAAACGUACUCAUACAGGAGAGAAGCCAUAUUAUUGUAAUGUCUGUGGUAAAUCAUUUACUAAAUGUAGUAAUUUAACUGCGCACAAAUGUAUUCAGAGAGAAGAGAAAGGAAAAGUGUAGUUUGUAUGGUUUCUUCUGUUGACUUCUUUUUCUUAAUAUUUCCUGUUUUUCAUAUAAAGGAAAUUACAAUUCUGAAAAUAAAGUAUUUCCAAAAAUUCCA